AUGACUGGUGUGAGAAAUAACCCCACUGUAUCAUCUAGGGAGGAUAUGAAGGAUAAUCCCACAGUAUCACCUAGGGUGGAUAUGAAGGAUAAUCCCACUGUAUCACCUAGGGUGGAUAUGAAGGAUAAUCCCACUGUAUCACCUCGGGUGUAUAUGAAGGAUAAUCCCACAGUAUCACCUAGGGUGGAUAUGAAGGAUAAUCCCACUGUAUCACCUAGGGAGGAUAUGAAGGAUAAUCCCACAGUAUCACCUAGGGUGGAUAUGAAGGAUAAUCCUACUGUAUCACCUAGGGUGGAUAUGAAGGAUAAUCCCACUGUAUCACCUAGGGAGGAUAUGAAGGAUAAUCCUACUGUAUCACCUAGGAUGGAUAUGAAGGAUAAUCCUACUGUAUCACCUAGGGUGGAUAUGAAGGAUAAUCCCACAGUAUCACCUAGGGAGGAUAUGAAGGAUAAUCCCACAGUAUCACCUAGGGUGGAUAUGAAGGAUAAUCCCACAGUAUCACCUAGGGUGGAUAUGAAGGAUAAUCCUACUGUAUCACCUAGGGUGGAUAUGAAGGAUAAUCCUACUGUAUCACCUAGGGUGGAUAUGAAGGAUAAUCCCACAGUAUCACCUAGGGAGGAUAUGAAGGAUAAUCCCACAGUAUCACCUAGGGUGGAUAUGAAGGAUAAUCCCACAGUAUCACUUAGGGUGGAUAUGAAGGAUAAUCCCACAGUAUCACCUAGGAUGGAUAUGAAGGAUAAUCCCACAGUAUCACCUAGGGUGGAUAUGAAGGAUAAUCCCACAAUAUCACCUAGGGUGGAUAUGAAGGAUAAUCCUACUGUAUCACCUAGGAUGGAUAUGAAGGAUAAUCCCACAGUAUCACCUAGGGUGGAUAUGAAGGAUAAUCCCACUGUAUCACCUAGGGUGACACCGCUGUAA